AUGAGUAAAAACCGAUUGAUUAAUCAGCACAUCAUCAAAAUAAAGAAAUCUUACUACAUGUCAGUCUCAGGCAAUAGAAGAAGACGGAGCAGGAAGAACAAACAAGAAACUAAUAUGGCGUCGGAAGUUGAAGUAGACGGGCGUCCUUUCGACGAUGACGACUAUAUUGAAACUCAAGAUGCAAGAGAGAGUGACGAUAUGUCUGAAGAACUUAAAACGCUUGAUAUAAACGCUGAUGACAAUGAAUUUGUAACAACUGAUCCGAAACUAAGUAAUCUUCCGAAAUAUCUAACUUCAUGUAUAACAGGCAAUCCUGACGAUAGAAAAUCAGAUAUGGAGAACAGUGAUUCUGAAACGAUAAUUGUUGAUGAUAGAAACACGAGAGCUCUUGCUGCUGAUGAACCAACCUACAAACUGGAAACAUUUGAAAAGAAUGCUAUGAUAAUAUUCAAUCAAUAUAAUAUCAUAGGAUAUGAUAAACCUAGAGUCGGCACUAAAGAGGACGGGAAGCGUAUUAGAGAAACAUUUAAAAGAUUCAAUUUUGAAGUAAAAGAAUAUCCGGAUCUUACAAAGAAGGAAAUUUUUGAAACAUUGGAUAAAUUCAGCAAGAUGGAUUUUACCGACUACGGGUGCGUGGCAAUAGUCGUGAUGACCCACGGCGGAGAUCAAGGCCUUCUGAAGGCGAAAGACGACUCGUACAGCGAGCAGGACAUCCUAGAAUACUUCAAGCACAAGGACAAACCUAAACUGGUCACUAAACCUGUCGUCGUGAUUAUCCAGGCAUGUAGGGGUAUCAGAGAUAUGGAUGCAGCGGAAGCUGGGCAAAAAAUGAAAUUCACGGAAAAAGACUCGAUCCUUAAAGAGGAGGUGGAACAUUACCAUCUACCAGUGGAAGCUGAUACUAUAGUGCUGCAUAGUUCUUAUAUCAGCAAGGCCUCGCAUAGGGAACAAAAUGGCACCUGGUUCAUAAAGUCCCUCUGCCAUGCAAUUGACAGGCUAUCAGACACACAAGACCUUGAGUCAAUAAUGGUAGAGGUGAAAAGAGAAGUUGCAAUCAAGAACUCCCACCAUGCCUGGAAUAAAACGAUUAGAAAAUAUCAAAUAAAUAAGCAAAUGCCGGUCGUUACUUCUGCCUUGAUGCGGAAGCUUUAUUUGAGAAAAUUCGGUGAUAAGCCGCCAAUAAUACGACACACGAUCACAGACGCAAUGGAGCCAUCUACAUCACGCGACUGUACCGACAACAUUGACAAUUCGUUUAACCAGCUGGGAUGUCCACCCAUGGAGAUUUUGAAGCGACACCGGUACAUGCGAAACAUUCUAAAACAGCUCGAGGAUAAAAACGACGUUACAAGUGAAUUUCUACUUCGCAAAUCUUCGGAGCACGAAAUGAAUUGCGACAUAGACAACAUGAAAAUGUCACUCCUUGCUAUGAGUAACCACAUAAAGAUCAAAUUUAUGGGCACUAAGUACCAAGAUUUUGUAUUUUACUAUGAAAUGAUGUAAUAUUUUCGUUAUUUUUAGCAUGAAUUUGAUCCUGAUUUUUUAAAUAAAAUAGGCAACGACUUUAAGGAAAAGUACCUACAUAACAUAACAUCAACAAUUUCAACAACUCGACUGUAUUUUGUUGUUAUUUACUUAAUAGUUUUUCUUUUUAAUAAUAUAAU